GAGAUUAAUCAAUUAACCAUUUUCCCUAACGAAUCGCAGCUACGAGAAUUAAUUAACUAUCCCGGCGUAUGUGAGGAACAUGUGGGCGCACCAACCGCUGCCAGAGUUUGAAGGACUCUCUCCUGAACAAGCUGCCGGCCGAGCAAACCAAAACAAAAGUCGCGAGCCGGCGGCAACCGCAGCUGCUGUCUGGUCGUUGCUUCCAUCUCGUUGCCGUUGCGCACCCUCUCCUUCCAAUCCAAAUCCGCGUCUUUGUCGGGGGCUGCAGCGGCCAUCAUUGGAUCGGAGGACCCACUUCCAGUCCAGCACCACCAAUGAUCCCCUUCUCCCUCCUCGCCGGCGCUCUCGUCCUCCUCGUCGGCGCCGCCGAUGCUGCCCUGCCCGGGUACCAGAUAAGCUGCGGCGCGACGUCGGCGAAGGUCGCCGGGAACGUGACGUGGGUCCCCGACGGCGCGUUCGUCCACACCGGCAAGGCCGCGGAGCUUGGCGACUCCCGGGGGUUGAUGGCGCCGAUGCUCUCGUCGCUCCGGUACUUCCCGGACGCGUCCGCCAGGAAGCACUGCUACGUGGUGCCCGCGGAGAGGCACGCUAGGUACCUGGUCCGCACGACCUACUACUACGGCGGGUUCGACGGCGGGCGGGCCCCGCCGGUGUUCGACCAGAUCAUCGACGGCACGCGGUGGAGCGCGGUGGACACGGCGGCGGAUUACGCCGGGGGCCUCGCCACAUACUACGAGGCCGUCGUGGAUGCCGCGGGGAAGCAGGUCAGCGUCUGCCUCGCCAGGAGCGGCGCCACCGAGGCGGGACGGAGCCCCUUCAUCUCCGCGCUCGAGGUGGUGCCGCUGGAGGGAUCCGUGUACGGCGCCGUCAACUUCACCGCCUACGCGCUCAGCACCAUCGCGCGCCACAGCUUCGGCCACGACAGCUCGACCAUUGGAUAUCCAGGUGACCGUUUCAACCGGUACUGGGAGCCGUACAGCGGCGGGAACAUCCCGGUGGUGGAGAGCCAGGCGAGCGUGGCGACGGAGGCAUUCUGGAACAAGCCCCCGGAGGCCGUGUUCCGGCGAGGAUUGACGGCGAGCCGGGGCAAGAGCCUGGACCUCCAGUGGCCACCGGCGCCGCUCCCCGCCGCGAGCUACUACCUGGCGCUCUACUUCCAGGACAACCGGGCGCCGAGCGCGCUCAGCUGGAGGGUCUUCGACGUUGCGGUCAACGGCCAGCCCUUCUUCGCCGGCCUGAACGUCUCCACGGCGGGCACCAUGGUGUACGGCGCCGAGUGGCCGCUGUCCGGGCAGACGAGGAUCAAGCUGACGCCGGCGCCGGACUCCCCGGUCGGGCCGGUGAUCAAUGCGGCCGAGCUCAUGAUGAUCGUUCCCCUCGGAGGGAGGACGCAUCCCAGAGACGUGAUCGGCAUGGAGGCGCUGGCCAGAGGAUUCUGGAACCCGCCGUCAGACUGGAGAGGCGAUCCCUGCUUGCCCAAGGGGAACUCGUGGACAGGUGUCACCUGCAACGAAGAUCCUCUUGCAAGAGUAAUCGCUAUCAACCUCACAAAUUCCAGAGUUGGAGGAUCAAUAUCUGACCACAUUGCCAACCUGACUGCAGUAUCCAGCAUUUGGCUUGUGGGGAACAAUCUAACUGGGCCUAUUCCAGAUAUGAGCCCCCUGCAUCAUCUUGUCUCUUUGCACCUGGAGGACAACGGACUGACAGGCUCGCUCCCUGAAUCGCUCGGAAACUUAACGAGACUUGAGGAACUGUCUGUGCAGAACAAUAACCUACAAGGGACAAUCCCAAGCAGCAUAAGGAACAGAGCGAUGGUGGACAUUAGCUUCAGGUUCAAGUACACACCUGGGAACAAUCUUAGCUAACAAUAACACAUGGAAGACAAAAUCAUUUGACUGCUGAUCUUAUAUCACGGUGUUUCGUUUCUUACUCACUUUCUGGUACUUAAGACAUUUUUGUUGUUUUUUUCUUCUUUGAUUUAUUUGUACAUCUGUAUGUAUUGCCAAGAUGUAACUUCAUUUUUUUCCCAGUAAAGAUGUAAAUUUUUGUUCACAGGAAAACAAAAGAGUGGAUUUUAUUAAACGAGAAAAACGAGAAGGCUAGUUGGUUGGGCAAA